ACCAUCCUGGUCCCCAAGUGUCAGCCCUGCUCCAUGCCAGUGUGGUGGCAUCCCAGUCCCCAAGUGUCAGCCCUGCUCUGUGCCGGGGUGGUGGCAUCCCAGUCCCCAAGGGUCAGUCCUGCUCCAUGCCAGGGUGACAGCUUACUGGUCCCCAAGGGUCAGACCCGCUCCGCCCCCUUUCUCAGCCAGAAAUAACUGCUGUCCCGUGGCCGGACGUUGGCAUCUGGGCUGGAGCCCAGCAGGGGUUGGGGCGAGCAGCAGGGAGCCUGGGGGUGCCACAGAGGGCCAGCUAGAGCCACUGAGUGCUGGUGGCUGCAGCUUGGCGUUGGCCUCAUCCCCAGCACAGCAGGAGAGCAUCUUCAGUCCCUGGCGACGGGCCAUCCCCUGACCAGCCAGGCAGGAUCCAUCCCUCUCCCACAGAGCUGCCCCAGGAGCACGGCAGCAAGUGAUGACCAUCAUGAGAUCAGGCCCUGAAGACGCGCCCCAGCUGGACCUGGGCAAGAAGAUGAGCACGCCACAGGACCUCAUGAUCGAGGAGCUCUCCCUGCAGAACAACCGCGGCUCCCAGCUCUUCCAGCAGCGCCAGAGGCGGAUGCAGCGCUUCAUCUUUGAGCAUCCCAGCGGCUACAAGGAGUUCCCAGAGCCAGGGGCAGGUGGCUUACACCGCACAAAGAAAGGUGACCCAGAGGGAACAGCAAACGACUGGACGGCAGGGGAAGAUGCUGACGGCCAGCAGAGUUAUCACUCCGAGCUCCACGUGGCAGCAUCGCCUCAGGGCGGCCCCCCUGCAGUGCCCAAGAAGACAGAGAAAGUCUUGCAGAUGAGCAAAAUCCUCAACCCAGAUGCUCUGGCCCCGGGAUACUCAGGCCCCCUCAAAGAAGUCCCCCCGGAGAAGUUCAACAUCACUGCCAUCCCUAAGGGUUACCGAUCCCCAUGGCAGGAUCUCCUCCGUGACAAGGACAAUGCUGUUCAUGGUGAGAACCAGCUGCUCACGAGACCCUCUCCAUGGGACUUCAGGAGCUUCAACAGGACUCCCACCCCGUUUGACAAAGCGCUGCUCAGCGACCUGUUCCCAGUGCCCACCGUGGAGCUGGAUAACCUGAGCGUCCUGGAGGUGAUCGCCCACAGGCCCAACUUCAACAGGGUGCCACAGGGCUGGGCGCGGGUUCUGCCGGAGAGCGACGAGCUGUAGCGUGCACACGCUCCCUUCGCCAUCGCCACGGAUGCUUUUCUCGCUAGAUUCCAACGUACUUCACAAGGUAGGGGAGAGGGGAGGAAGUAUUCUUCCUGAAAGCUAGUGGUCUCAGGUUGUCCUCAGUGGGAUUCAAACAAGCUCAAGUCUGGGACCAUUUUGAAUUCCCCUCGUCCCAGCCAUCGUCACAAGGGCAUUUAGUGCUAAGCUAACCAGCCAAGCUCUCGUCGUUAGUGCAAGCAGAUCCCUGUAAGUUCCCCUACAAAACAUCCUGGACAGACUGUCCUCUGCCCUGCCUCGUGGAAAAUGGCAGGACCGCCAGCUGCCAUGCACCAAGCUGUCUCCCUGCUUCUUCACACAAGACCUGCUCUGACAGCUGGUGCCUUUGCAGAGAAAUUCCAUCUUCAUGAUAACUUGACAUCUAUCAUUCCAGUCGGGAUGGCGAGAGGAGGUGAUAAUUGAAGAGCAGCAGCAAAACAAGUUACCAGAGGCAUUGGCAUGUUAAAAGCACUUACCCUGGCCUUGGCUAGACCACAAAAAUGAGUGAGGAACGGGGAAUCUGCCUGUUUACCAACAAAGCACAACCAUGAUUUAUGGGAGAGGAAUGCUGGGAGUUGGAAGCUUGUGCCGUUUCCACAAGCUACUGGCUAGCCCUUGGCAGCUGUAUUUUCCCCUUCCUACUGCUAUUUGCAUGCCUUGCUUAAACGUCUAAGCCCUCAGAUUCACUUACGCCAGAUUUGCUUCAGAGAAUUGGUCACUAAGGAUCAGGCCCUGCCUGGACCCACUGUAGAAGGGCACAAGUCUGAAGAACCUGCCAGCGUAUUCUGGCAAUGUUAGCAUCAGCAGGAAGGAAAAACAGGGCAGCCAGAACUCCAGAGCAAGGGCAGGCUUCCCCGUGAAUGCAAAAAUCAGCAGUGAGGAUUCAACUACGCAGAGGUUUUCAGCAGUGACACAGUGGGACAUGCAGCUAACACCAGUCCACAGGACAGUCACCAGAAUAUCUGGAAAACCCUGCUGACAAAAAAUAUUUAGCUUAAUACAGCCUUUCUAGAGUUGCUUCUGUCAGGUUCUUAAUGUCACCUUUAUUUAAUCUUGUGAAAGCAGAAGCAUCAGGAUAAAAGUUUCUUUUUCCACCACUGUUGUUAAACUGGGCAAGUAAAUUUGGUGGCAAAAAUUCAGUUAACAGCUGCUCCCUUGGGCAGUGUAUUUGCCAUGGCGUGCAGACAGAUGUGCAGAGCAAAUCUCACACAGGGAUUCUGCUGUCACAACACACCAUUCAGGCAGGAAACUUUCACCGCUGUGUCCUUCCCCCAGAAGCAGGAGGGGACAAGCAAAUGGAAUGAAAAACAGUCUGUUCCUUAAAGAUUAAGAAUUGCUGAUGUUCGGCUGCUGUCCUGUUCCAAGCCCAUCUCUCUCCUCUUUGUCCAUCAGCUGAAGAACCUGUGUACCCCUAGGGACCUGGCUGGAAAUAAUAAAUAAAUUGUGGUAACAUAAAGCCUGCUUGCAUUCGAGAUUGGUCUGCACGGUGCUCACAGGCCCUGGUGGCAGAGCAGCAGCGAACACUGUGGC